AUGAGCGCUAAAUACAGUGCAUCGGAGAAAGUUUCCGGAACACAGAAAAAGGAUGCUGCAGUGCCUGCCAAUGUCAAUGCCGACAUCACGAAGGUGAAGAUAUGUUCUGGGCAUACGAGGCCUAUUUGCCACAUUAACUACAGCGAUAUCAUUGAUGGAACGUUUUGGUUUGUUACUUCUUGCCACGAUGCCAAACCCAUGCUGCGCAAUGGUGAGACGGGUGACUGGGUUGGCACCUUUGAGGGCCAUAAAGGUGCGGUUUACUGUUCCGUCUUCAACAAAGAUGCAACACGUUUGGUGACAGGGAGCGGUGAUUAUUCGUCAGUGAUAUGGAAUGCAAUUACCGGGGAAAAACUGCACACGUGGAGCCAUCCAAAAUACAUAAAGUCCUGUGACUGGAUGGAAAAUAAAAUUGCUACGGGGUGCUUCGAUGGUUUAGUCCGUAUUUUUGACGCCAAUGAUUACAAUGCAGAGCCACUUAGCUUUGACAUUCCAGAAAAGAUUAAUCAGGUGAAAUCAACGUACUUUAUUGACCCCACAACGAUGGUAACGGCGAGCGAAACAGUCAUUAUGAAGUGGGACCUUCGUGAUACAUCUCGGCCCUACCUACGGAAAGAGAUCCUAGAUCUUAAUUUUCUCGAGUACACUCAUCGCAAUUCCAUUGUCGCAGCCCAUGAUAAAAGUAUUUCCUUCAUUGAUACCACCACGUUAGAAAUAAAAAGUUCCUUCACUACCAACGAAGACGUGAAGUGCGCAUCGCUUUCACCUAAUGGGCAGAAUGUGGCGGCUGGCUCGAAGCUCAAGGCAAAAGAAUUUACACUCGAUGGUGCUGAGCUAGAAUCCCACAGAGGUCAUCACGGACCCAUCUUCCACAUUCGUUGGGCACCCGAUGGAAAGUCCUUCACCUCGGGCGCGGAGGAUGGCAUGGCACGCAUUUGGCCUUCACAUGACAUCAUUCAAGCAUACGACGGAGAUAAUUAA